AUGAUCAAUAAAAUUCAAGUUGAACUUGAACAAUUACAAGAACAAAUUGAAAAACGAAAAGAACAUUUGAGUAUUUUAAUACAUCAACGUCAAGAAUUAGAUCAAGCAUCUCAACGUUUAAUUGUUUGUGAAAAAGUUAAACAAGGUUAUUCACGUGAAGGUCAAAAUGAUGUUAAUCUUCAUAUGGAUGAAUUACUUCGUAAAUUAAAUUCUUUGGAAGAAUCAAUACAUGAUCGUAAUCGACAAUUAAAUGGUGCUAAUGAACAACGACGAGAAUUUGAUAGAAUUAUGAGUAAACUUAGUGAAUGGAUUAAAACUAUUGAACAACAAAUUAAAGAUCCAUUAACUAAUGAUCUUCAACAAACUACUAAUAGUCUCAAAGAAAAAAAUAAAAGUAUACAAGCAUUACUUGAAUCAACAAAAGAUCGUACGAAUGAAUUUGAUGAUUUAACACGUAUUUAUAUGAUUGUUUCAUCAACAUUGAAUGAUACUGAUCGAAUAACAUUAGAUGAAAAAUAUACUUUACUUCAAGAAAAAUAUAAUCGUUUAUUAGAUAAUCUUACACAACGUCUUACAUUACUUGAUGAAGCAAAUCGUGAACGAGAUGAAUUUGAUAAACAAAAUGAAUAUGUUCAAAAUCUUUAUCAACAAUUACAAAAUGAUUUUACAAAAUUAAAACAACAAUCAUCAUUUAUUGAUGAUAAUCGUCAUUAUGAUUUAUUAUCAAUUGAAAAACAUUUAGAACAAUUUAAACAAUUCUUAAAACGUCUUGAUGAAACAAAUAAUAAUUUAAAAGAAUUAACACGUUUACAACGUUUAUUAACUAGUAAAGGACAUCGAAUUGAUUUUCGUACAGGUGGUGAAUUAAAUGCUAAUUUAAAAAAUCUUCAAGAACAAAUUCAUAAUGAAAUUGAAAGAAUGGAAAAAGCUUUACAAACAGAAAAUGAUUUUUAUCAUUUAGAAAAAGAACUUGAAUCAUAUUUACAAAUUUCAUCUGAACAUUUAAAAUCAGCUCAAUAUUAA